GACAAAUGAGAAAAAGGAAAAAGGAAACCAAGUAGUAUCACACAUCGAAACGGCAGCGCAGAGCAGCGAAUACGGAGGAUCUAGGGUUUCCUGGGAUCUCUCCGUCAUUAGUUAUUGCUUGAUAAAGUUUCAUAGGCCUCUCCCUCCCUGGUUCGAUCCUGUAAAAAUCUUACAGUUAUUAGGGUUCUCGAAAUUGGGUAAGAGAUUUUCUUUAAAAACACAGUAGUCAUAAGAAGCGUCUACUUGGAGUUUCGAAUCUGAUAGAAACCCUAAAAAAGAGAAUUCGUUCCUUGAAAAAAAGAACAGUACCUGUACUAUAAAACAUAUACUGAGAAUCGAAGCUGGAAAAGAGGUUAUUUUGAGAAUAUUGUAAGUAAAAAUGCGAGGAUUGCACAAAUCGAAAAGGGUUUCUUGGGCAUCGGAUGUAAAUCUUUGUCAGGUGAGGCUUUUUUUGUCAGAGGAGUCUCCUUCACAAGUUGGGUUAGGUCCGCAAGACCACCUGCAAGCAAAGUCUUCAUUUCCAGCUCAUUCAAAUGGAGUGGUCAGUGAUGAGUUUCUUCCUCCUGGCUUUGAGGGAACUCAUCCUCCAAACCAAUCACAAAUUAAGUUGUCUGAAAUUCCUCUAAUCAAAUGGAGUUGCCCUACCAGGUUUCGAUUGGACCUUAAUUGGCAAGUGGUUGCUGGGGAUGAGAGCAAAGAGGUGGAGAUUCAAAAUCAAAGAGAGAUGAGAGUGCUUGAGGCAGUUUAUCCUCGCCCAUCUGCCAUUCCUCCAAACCCCUCCAUCCCAGCGGACAUAGAAUUUGAGCAUUACAAUGAUCAGCAAACUCCUCUGAUACCCAUUACUCCCAUUGAAGAUGAAGAAGCUACAGCAGACACACCAUCUGGUUCAGUGGCACCAUUUAGUGUUCCCAUCAGCUCACAGCCCCCACUUUUGCCUCCUGGAAUUCCAGCACCUCCUCAGCUUAACAUAUUUGGCGUGUCAAACACUUCUGUCAAUGAGAAACCAGCAGCAUCUGGAAUGACCUUUGAUGUUGACCCUGAAGUAGUUGCUGCUGCAUCUGCUGCCUUGAAUGAAAUGACAAAGAGCAAUGAGCAUGGCAAUCUGAUUGACCAUGACUUGCUCAUUAAAAUACUCAGCAACCCUAAUUUGAUUGAGAAAUUAGUGACUGAUCAAGGAGCUGCCUCAAAAAUGCAGAACAAACCCAAGCCAACUUUGCCUUCAGUAUCGUCAGACCACCCUCCUCUUCCUUCCGUUCCUGUUACAACCGAUCGGCCUCCUUUUCGAGUGAAUAUGAUGGAAACCAGUUCACCUUCACUAGCGGCUACUUCAAGUGGGGCUUUUUAUACUCAACCAAACGGGGUAGGAGUGGGGCACCCUCCAAAUGCAUGGGUUAAACCACCACCUGGGGUUAUUCCAUCUUCAUCUUCAGUUUCUUGUGGGGUUUCUCAAACAAAAGACAUGAACUACUAUAAGAAUUUGAUUCAGCAACAUGGAGGGGAAAGACAAGAAACUCCUCAGACACAGCAAUUUGGUGGCCGAUACAUUCACCAUCCAGGAACCAACCAAGAAUUAAUAAAUAACCCCAAAUCUAGAGACUCGAAGCCCAAAAUAAUGAAGCCUUGUAUUUAUUUUAACAGUGCAAGGGGAUGCCGUCAUGGGGCCAACUGUGCAUACCAGCAUGAUACAUCGGCCCAGCAACGGGGCAGUAACAUGCCCGAGAUGCAAAAUGCCAAGAGAAUGAAAAUGGAUAGAGAGAUUAGCAGUUAAAAAAUUCCCAAAAAAAGGAAAAAAAAAAUAACUUUGGCUUGCUGUUGUUGCAAGUAAUGUAAUUCCAUUUCAAUACUUUUUUCUUUGUCGCAUUUAUAAUCAGGAUUUGAGUUACGGGAUGAAUAUCUUGUAUUUGACGAUCUCAACUGAGGAUUUUCACUAUCGUCAUGACCAAUUACCUUCCAA